AUGUCUGACAACACUGGCAUUGAGGACUCCCUCGCCUCCGCGUUCAACAGCUCGUUCGCGAUGCCCGCCGCCGAGCCCCGCGAGGCUCCGGCUCCCGCCGCCGACGUCGAGCCUGAGGCCGAGGCUGAGGAGGCCGUCGAGGAGGCUGUUGGUGGUGCUACCGAGGACUGGAAGCCUGCAUACGACGCCAAGCUCGCCGAGUGGCGCGAGGAGGCCGAUGUUGCCCGCGAAAAGGCCGCCGCGACCCGCGCCGCCAUCGAGGCCGAGCACGCCGCCGUGGCCAAGGCCAAGGCCGAUGCUGAGAAGGCCCAGGCCAACGCGAUCAAGGAGGAGAAGGAGCGCGCCGAGCGUGAGGUCCGCCUCGCCAAGGCUCUCGCCGACGACAACGCGUCGGCGGCGGGCCGCCUGCACCCUUCGACGUCGAGCUUUGCCGCCGUCGCCUCGUCCACUGCCGAGGACCGCAACGCCAAGGUCCGUGACGCAUGGCAGCUCGUCAAGGGCAAGGACCAGCCCGCUGCCUCGGGUCCCUCGAAGACCGAGCCCUCCACCUCCGUCCCCUCGGCCGCUGCCAGCCAGUGGGAGGAGAUCAGCGCUCCCCACAGCAGCGUCGAGGACAUUGGAUCCGUGUCGGCCACUGCUUCGUCGCCUAGCACCUCGCAGCGCUCUCCCCCCGAGGAGAAGGAGAAGGCCACCGCUUCCGCUCCUUUGUCUCCCCCGGCGCCCAAGGACGUCGCUCUCGCACCCGCGCCUGCCGCCGCUGGCGAGCCCAUCACCACCCCUUCCCUCACCCUGUCGCUCUUCACCAGGCCCGGUGGCCUGACCGUGUCCCGCGUCGUGGCCGCGCUCGGCAUCAACCUCGUCCUCCCCUUUAUUAACGGCAUCAUGCUCGGCCUUGGUGAGAUCACCGCCCGUGAGGCUGUCCGUGUCGGCCGCCUCUGGUGGCGCGGCGAGCGCGCCGUCAUGGGCUUCUGGCACCGCAAGACUGGUGGCGCCUCCAACGUCUCCGGUGUCGGUCUCUCAGGUUCCGGUGGCUUCUAA